UGGAGAGAGGCAAGAUGGCGGCGGCCUGAGGGAAGCCAUGGCGGGGGUGGUGCGGCGGCUGCUCUGCAGGGGCCUGGGCGUGGCGGCGGGGCCGCCGAGAACCCGCCAGCUGCGGGAGGCCGAGGAGGCCGCCCCGGUGUUCCAGUACGCGGGGAAGGCGGCCAGGCGCAAGGACCGCGUGUUCGUGUGGGGCUUCAGCUACUCGGGCGCCCUGGGCGUCCCCAGCUUCGUGAGGCCGGACGCGGGCUGGAAGAAGCCGCGGCGCAUCCAACCCACGCCGUACCGCCUGGAGACAGAGGAGAAGAUAACGUCUGCUGCCUGCGGUUAUGGGUUCACACUGCUGGCUUCUAAUACCAGAGACAUCACCAAAGUGUGGGGCAUGGGGCUCAACAAGGACUCCCAGCUUGGAUUCCAGAGAAGCAGAAGAGAUCAAACUAAGGGCUAUGAAUAUGUCUUGGAACCAUCUCCAAUUCCAUUACCGCUGGAGAAGCCGCAGCAAACUCGGGUCUUGCAAGUGUCCUGUGGGAGAGCCCAUUCCCUGGUCCUGACAGAUAGUGAAGGAGUUUUCACAAUGGGAAACAAUUCUUAUGGACAGUGUGGCCGGAAGGUUGUUGAAGAUGAAAUUUACAGUGGAAGCCAUCUCAUUCAUCAGCUGAAGGAAUUUGACAGCAGAGUUGUCCAGGUUGUGUGUGGGCAGGACCACAGUCUGUUUAGAACCAAGAAAGGUACAAUCUAUGCAUGUGGAUGGGGAGCUGAUGGACAAACAGGUCUUGGACACUAUAACAUCACCAGUGUUCCUACUAAGUUGCAUGGUGACAUUGCUGGAGUAAACAUUAUCCAGGUCUCUUCCUAUGGGGACUGUUGUCUGGCUGUUUCAGAUGAAGGAGAUGUCUUUGGUUGGGGAAAUUCAGAAUACUUGCAGUUGGCAUCUGUCACAGAAACCACACAGGUGAAUGUUCCCAGGCAUUUGCCAUUCAAGAUUGGGAAGAUAAAGGAGGCUGCCUGUGGAGGGACUGGCAAUGUUGUGCUAACAGAGGAAGGAAAUGUUUUUGUCUGGGGAUAUGGAAUUCUUGGGAAAGGACCAAACCUAACAGAGACAGCAGUGCCAGAGAUGAUCCCACCCAGCCUUUUUGGCUGGUCAGACUUCAGUCCGGACAUCCGUGUUGCUCACGUUCGCUGUGGACUCAGCCAAUUUGCGGCACUUACAAACAGAGGAGAAUUGUUUGUAUGGGGGAAGAAUCUAAGAGGGUGCCUGGGAACUGGAAGAAUGGAAGACCAGUAUUUCCCGUGGAGAGUAAGGAUGGUGGUAUUAAGGCCAAGAGUACAUUCUUUGGCUAGUUUUUGUUAUCCUAAGGAAAAGGACUAUCAUUUGCUAUGUGUUUUUUUGCUGCAAUUUGCUGUGUUGAGUAAUUCUGAAAGAAGUGAAAGCCUAAAAUGACUGUAGAAGUGCUUUGUUUUCCAGAGGUCCUUGUGUAGCCUGCUUGGGGAUGGAGGUAUUCAGUAAACCUUUUAGUCUGCUGUGCCAGUAAUGAUUUCGAAUCCUAAAACAGCAUCUGGUGCUGUGCCACCACAUCUAAACAGUUCUCAUCUCCUUCCUGUCCACUGUCAUCUGCCUGCUACCCCUACUGCCUCUUCCUUCCCCUUCUAACCUGUGCUUCUCUUUGUAUGUGCUGCAAAGAAAAUCAUCAGUAUUGGUCAUCUGUCCGAAUCAUUACUCACCUAAAUUAGGUGAAAAUUUUGGUCUGUAGUGGCUAGAGGUCCACAUAGUGGUGGGCUUCCUUCCCACUUGUGGUGGUGGGUCAUUGGGCUGACUGUCAGCUUACAGUAGGAGAUCCUUACUUAACCAUAUUUGUAGCUGUUUCACAGUGCUUCCAGUUCCACUGCUUCCUCCCAGGUGGCUCUGAGAGCCAGACUCAUUGGAUGUAGAAGAGUCUUUGGCUCUGGAGUUCAGCAUUCUCCAGAUCCAGACCACAGAUGCUCGUGGUCUUCAGGAAGGCCGAGUAGGAGAUGAGGGAGGCAAUCAGUUGGACCACCCUGGAGUCCCUGUCAUUGUAUCUGAACUUGCAGUAAAUGUGCUUCUGUAGUAUGCUUUCUUAUUUGUUUAAAAAUGAACAAAGCCAGACCAGCUCUUGAACAUUUGCCUAAAAUCACAGUGCUGUAGCUGAGUGGAAUCUCUGAAUUCACUUCCCCAAAUGUGAACAUUGGGGGUUAUGCUCUUUCAGACAGCCAGCUCCUGUCUGACAGUACUGUGGCAAUGUGCUGGGAUCCUUGUCUGUGACCUCCUGCUCUAGAACUAGCUGCUGUCCUCUCUCUUAGCUCUAAGGAACAUCUCGCUUUUUUAGACUCUGCUUUCCUGAAGUUUGAAGUCACUUUUAAGUGAAUAAGCUGUAACUUCAGGAGUGAGGUGCUGCUCUCUUAGCAUCAAAGCACAAACUGCCUUAGGCUGAGUUGAGCCUUUGCCUUGUUCCAGUUCUUGCUGAUGAGAGAAUAGGCAAAUCCCUGUGGUGUUUGGGCAGAUCCUCUUCCUAAUGUCUAGAUUAUGCUCUGUUCAGUCGUGCUGCUUCUGCUGCUGAACAGAUGGGCUGAGGCUACAAUCUCCUCACUGUCUGCUAGUGAGCCUGCUCUUCUUUCUCCUUCCAAACCUUUAUGUGCUUCUGUGAAGGAGAAAGAGGAAUAUUUCACAGCUCAAUGCACAAGCCUGCCUGGUGCUGAAUCUUGCUCUUUCUGUGCUUUUAAGUUGGCACUUGCAUUGGUACAAAUCCCUGUGAAACUAGCUGGCAUGUUGAGCAGGGGGAGGAUGAGAAAUAGGAAGUAUCAGGUGCAAAGUACCAGCUUGAUAAAUAACCCACUCUCUCAUGUGUUUCAUCCAGGUGACUGUACCCGGUGAGGUGGUGGAUGUGGCAUGUGGAGUUGAUCAUAUGGUAAGCAUGGUCAGGUCUUUUACCUAGGAAUGCUGCUGGGCCUCAGCACUGUACCAGGGCGAUGCAGGGACUUGGUGACGAUCUUCUUUGAUUCUAUGAAACCAAGUGACUGUGAGCAGAGACAGCCAUACCAGUGUCUGGGUUAUUGUCAUCCCUGCAUCAUCGAAAUGCUCUGGCCUGGCUGCAGGAAAGAAGCACAUUCCCCGAGGAGUGUGGAAAUGCAAGGAGUGCUCUGGCUCGUUCGUGAUGAGCUCCCAGAGAACCUGAGGCCCAGCCCCAAGCUGGUGAGCCCCUCUGUGCAUGAAGAGCAUCUCCUUUAAGGAAGACUGGCAUGGGGUGAAAUCUACAGCACAGGACAUUGACAUGUGGACAUUUCUUGUCACCAGCUCUGGAGUGUCAGUGUUGGGCAGAGCCAAACUAUUUCUCAAGGGAAAUGUUGGGUGGUUUUUUAUUGCUAUUUUUUAUGUGGAAGAGAGGUCAUGCUGGCUGUUGAAGCCCAGCACAGCUGUCCUCAGUGGCCACCAUCAGCUGCACUGUGCCCAGGCUGUUGUCCUCUGCAGAGACUGGAUGCACGGGUGGUUGCACAGCCCUGGCCUUGAGGCAGUGAUGUUUCUAUGGACUGUUAAAGGCUUUCUGUGUUAGUGCUAAAGGCUGAACACCAAAGGAACACAUUCAAAGAGUAAGAACCUGUUUGCAGGGGUAAGUACUGUUAAAUAGGACAGCAGGCUCUCUGUGGUGCAGGAGAGCAGAUGGAUGGUGAUGGAAGCCCAUCUAGCCUAUUGAGGGAGGCUGGAAACAAAGUCCCAGUCAGCUACCUGCAAAAUCAGUGCUCAGGCAUGGAUGUGAGCAGUGCUCACCGCCCCUCAGGUACCUUUGUCUCUUUGUGCUGAUCACACAUCACUGCCUUUGAUUUUUUUGGGGAUUCCCUACACUCUUUCUGUUUUCAGUGGUAUGGUGGCUCUCAGUUACAAUUCGCUAGGGUUUUCAGGAUUGCUUAGCAGGAGGAGGAGUCUUAAUAGGUAAGAAGCAGAGCUUCAUUCCUUGGUACCUUCUCAGCAGUAAGCUGAUAGAGGUGGGAUGCAACAGCUGUGCGUAUCUGAAGCAGGCACUUACCCAGUCUCACACCCAAGCAUGGGAAACUAUCUCCUGUGAAACACUCCAAACAUCGGGCAGAGUUGUGCAAACUAUUUUGGUGAAAUCCAAGCUAGUAGAUUUUCAAUUAAGUGAUUAUAAAAUCUUUAUCAGUAGUAAUAGGAAUAUUCUUGAACAUGAUCUGCUCAUGCAUUGAUCAGAUCUGCAUUUAAACUGCAGCAUUUUGGUUCACACUUACAUGACAGGAAACCACUUCUGUCAGCUGAGCCACCUCCAUACCUGCGGGACUGAUAGUGUUGUAGUCAGGCAUUGCAUCCAUGGCCCCAGGGGACACCACAUACAUUUGGGCUUCAUUAGAUGAAAUUCUGUGCCAAGAGUCUGUGUGUAAACUUUACCUUGAUUAAAUAAGUUUUGAAGGGCUUUGCAUAAAAUACAGGAAAGGUGAACCAAAGUACAGGGAAAUAGAGACACAUCUCUUGAGUUGUUGUUGAUGUUCCUGUGUAAUAGGUAUUUCUGGGUGGGUUGAGGCAGAACAGAAAGCUACUCUGAAACUGGCAGACCUUCACUGCUCUGAACUCCCAUUUGGUUGGCGUUAAUUUGUACCCGAUUCUACGUGUGACUUGGGCAAUUCGUGGUGCACAAGCAUGUCUUGUUGGCCUCAUGGGAGUAGCUAUGCCCUUUCAACUUGAGGAGGCUUAUUAAACCAUGGAGAACAAAAACUGGUAAGAAAGGUGUUGCAAACAAUUCUUUUCAUGGAUGUUGCUGUUGAGGUGGGCUGAUUAGUGCUGGGCUCUCAGCUGCUCUCAUUCACAGCUGUUAGACAAUGCACCUUGGGGCUGGGCCUUCUGAAGAGCUGGGUUGAGUCUUUGUGUUGCAUUCUUGCUGUGCAAUAAAUUGCAAAUUCUGUGUGUUAAUGAGAUGCCAGUGAGGUCUUCAGCCCUAAAUAGAAGUGUUGUAUGACUUAA